UAUAUACUCUAGCACUUUUCAUGCUUGUCUUAUAUACAUCAUUAAAACACUGGUCUAUACAUGUAUGUAUCUAAUUUUCUAUUCAAACUAUGAAACAUAUCAACUAAAUACAAACAAUGCAGUUAUUUCUGCCCUCUUUAAAAAAUCACUUAUUAUGUUUAUGGCCAAUAUAGAAUUAUAUUUAAUCUUUUUAAAACAAUUUUAAAUGCUCCCUCUCUGGAGCCCCUUUCUUACAAGGUAGCUUGCAUGCAUGACCUGAAGUGCCCUAUUACAGAAUGAGCUAACAUAAACAACUAAGAGAUUCAACAUGGCACACCAUCAUCGUGACCAUGAUAAACCUCAGCAGAAGAUGACAGUAGGAAUGUGGAAAGAAUGUUGGAAUACCCCAAAUGUGGAGUUCCAUAACCCAGAUCUGAAUGAGUUGUUCGUGAAAUAUAACAACAGAAUGCUAACAAGGCCAGGCAUGAGGAUAUUUGUGCCAAUGUGUGGAAAAGCAGUGGAGAUGAAAUGGCUGUUGGAUCAUGGAUAUAAGGUUGUAGGGCUGGAGGUAGCUCCUGUUCCAUGCAAGGCAUUCUUUGAGGAGAACAAUAUUCCUUAUCAUAUCAAAGAUAUCCACGACAUUCAUGGGGAGAAAUAUGAAAGCUUAGAUGGCAAUAUUGUCAUAUAUUGCUGUGACUUUUUUCACUUUUCCAGAGAGAUUUGUGGAGAUUUUGAAGCAAUCUGGGACAGCGGUGGACUAAAUUCUAUGGAUGUUGAAGACAGGCCAGUAUAUGUUCACAGAAUCCGAACACUGAUGGGCCAGGGGUGUGUAAAUAUGACAGAGUUUGUGAAUUUUGAUCCCUCAAUUGUCGAUAUUCCUUGGAGCAUGACAACAGUAGACCUACAGAAGUGCUUUGGAGAGGGAUAUAGUAUUGAAGAUGUAUCAAAGAUGGAGGCCUCUAAGAGAUUACAAGAUCAAGGCUGUAAUUCGGUGCAACUGUUCACUAUUACUAAGACCUAAAUUUAUAUACAUGUAUAGACACUAAUGUGUCUAAAUGAAAUCUUUUUAUUUUGUUUGCUCAAUUCAACACCUUGAGAACAGAUGUACCACAAAGACAACAGCAUCCACAAUUCCUAAUGUAUAACAAACAGGAACUUUUUUUGAAACUGUAGAGUACGUUGGUUUUUUUUUUUUAAUUUUACUCAAAAAAGAGAGACUUUUUUCAAACAGGAGAAGUAUAAAAAAUAUAUACCCCUUUCAGGAUUAUCUUAGUAACAGUAGUGUAAUUCAUAUUGAAGAUUAAUACCAUGAAAAUUGUUAACAGCCAUGUAUUAUAUAUUAUUUGAUCAGGUAUUUACCAUUAUGUGAUCAAUGUUUACCGACUUCUACAUGCACUAUCAGGGACGGGAAACAAUUCUGCAGUAUAUGCAAGCAGUGUUAGUUUGGGUUGUGUUUACUUUCACCAUUGUUUAAAGUCAGCUUUUUGUUAUUCCCCAAAUCCAAUGUUUACUAAAAAUCAGGUUUAUUGUUGCCAUAGAAAUGUGUGUUUGUUUCCAGUGAUAAGCUCUUUACAAACUUAGUGUACCGGUAACACGUAUAUUUACUUCCUCAAAUCCAAGUUACACAUUUUCCUUACUGAAGGGAUAAGUUACAUAUUUAGAUGAAAAGUAACUUUCAUUGUUUUUCACAUCAAAUACAGGGCAAAUGAAUAACUUUAACUAAUUUGACAAUUUUUGCCAAAACGAGUGCCAUAUUUAUUUAUUUUUAUAUGGUGAAUGUUGCAUUUAUUAGAUUGCUACAUUACAUUAUAUGUAUAUGCUUGAUGUGUUUUGUUUGAUAUAUUUUAUGAAUAAAGAUGAUUGUAAAUGAUAAAUGUAUACAAUUCAAUCAAAUAAAUUCUUGAAAUUAA